UUUACGACUACACGUCAUAAACAUGGCCGACGGAAUAGAUGACACAAGCUGGAUAACAGAUUUGGAAACGGCACUUGUUGAAAGUUGUGAUUUUGGAACUCUCAAGAACAUUUGUAAAUGUAGACCUGUUCCAGAUCAUUUGAGACCGGAGGUUUGGCAGAUUUGUCUUAAUGUGCAAAGUAAAGGGGAUGCUUUGAGUUCAUUUGAUGGAUUGUAUGAUCUUGAUGAACAGGGAAUAGUUAGAGAAGAUUGCAAAGCUUUAGUUGACAAACUUGGAAAUGACGAGGAAGACAAAGUUUCAGUAGUCAGUGAUUUAGAAUCCAUUAUUACAUUCUUUUCGAAAUCCAGAAAUGAGAAAUAUACAUCAGACAAUGGAUGGCUUGAAGUCAUACAACCCUUGCUGGCACUUAAAUUAACCAGAUCCCAGCUCUAUAACUGUUUCUACUCCAUCAUCAACAAGUUUAUUCCCAGGGAUUGUCUCAAAGGAGGAAAACCAUUCCAUUUGUUUCGCUUGCUCCUACAGUACCAUGACCCUGAGUUGAGCUCAUUUCUGGACACAAAGAAGAUCAUGCCGGAUCUUUACUGCCAUUCAUGGUUCAGAAGUCUCUUUGCUGCUCCUUGUGAUCUACAAGUCAUACAGGUGAUGUGGGAUGUGUACUUCCAACAUGGAGACCAAUUUCUGACAUUUUUUAUGGCUCUUGUCAUCUUGGUUAAUGCAAGAGAUCAAAUUCUGGCAGGAGAAUUGGAUUCAAAGCAGCAAAUUACAGAAAUGCUGACAUCCUUCCCCUCAGGUCUAGAGGCAGAGGACAUUGAGGAUUUCUGUGCCUUAGCACAGUACUACGCCACCAAAACCCCACAGUCUUUCAGAAGGGAUUACCAGAGUCCAUUAUUUGGUAACAGUAUGAUCCCAGGAGGAAAGGAGGAGGAUCUACUAGUUUCACAGGCAUUAUGUUUACCGGUUUCUGUGUCAGAACUUCUUCAGAACAACAGCCAAGCAGGAGGUGAUGGUGUGCGAUACUUUGUGGUGGACUGUCGACCAGCUGACCAGUACAACAGUGGACAUCUGCGUACAGCAUUCCAUCUAGACGCAAAUCUGAUGUUACAGAAUCCCAGAGAGUUCAGUACUGCUGUGCAGGCUUUGUUGGCUGCACAACAACAGUCAAUAUCCUCAGGUUCAGUAGCUGGAGGAGAACACCUUUGUUUUAUCGGCAGUGGGCGGGAGGAGGAAGAUCAGUAUGUCCAUAUGGUCAUCGCCAACUUCUUACAGAAACACUAUCAAUAUGUCAGUUUUGCCAAGGGAGGCUAUCAAAGUUUACAUGAAAUUUUAAAGGACAGAAUAUCAGAGGGACUAACAAGUCAUAAUCCAAAACACUGUAUCGUGUGUAACCCAGAGGCAUGCAACAGCUCAAGUGAUAUGGAGAAUGGGGAAGAUUUUCAUAGAAAUGGAAAAGGGGAAGAAAAUGGUGAAUCAUUCUUUGGAAAAUUAACAUCCACAGUGAAGAGCAAGUCAGCUGUGAUGAAACAAAAGCUAACGGAUUACAUUAAAAAUGAGCAUCAAAUGCAGGAAAGGCAUGUCAGCAAUACAGACCGUGUGGGCAAGAGAUACAGAAACAUGGCCAAUGUCUUUUCUAUUGGUGAUGAUGAUGAUGGUGAUGACCAAGCUGGGAACUCUUCUGAUGAUGAAAGAAAAGAAGUUGUAAAUGUGGAAGUUUGGCUGAAGAAGCCUGAUGUUAGAUACUCUUGUAAAUGUCAAGAGGUUAUUGGUAAUGGAUACAUGUUUCCAAGUUAUGUGUUGGUGACAGACACUCAUUUAUAUGUACUUCGAGAGAUCCCCAACCGAAAAAAUAUGGCACAUAUUCAGGCAAGGCGGGCUUUGGGAAGUGUGGUAAAAAUUACAUCCAAAAGAAAACACCCAGACUUUAUCACAUUCAAGUAUGGCUCUGUGGAUGGAGAGGUUAUUCAAGUAACAGACAUUGACCGAUUUCUAAUGCCACAAGCACCAGAGGCAACUAAAGUUAUCAAACAACAAAUUAUUAAAGUGUUGGAUGCAUUGGAAAGCUGAGUGUGGUUCUAAAACUUUUUUCAUUUGGAUGCCCUGUGUUUUCAUUCAGAACAAAUGUUGUCUAUCGUCAAAGAUGUUGAGAUUUAUUGACAAAUAAUACAUAAAAUGUAUUCAAUUUGCAUUUGCAAUGUUAUUGCUCUUUAUAAUUAGGAACUUUUGAAAGUUUUCCAUCUUUUAUUUAGUUCUCUGCUGUUAUGAUAAUUUUGUUCUCAGUUUUGACUCACUGCAUAUCAGAGUAAUAUAUUGAACAUUUAUUCAACUAAAGAUACAUGUAUGUUUGAGUACAUUUUUUUUUCUUUUUGUUGAAAGCUGGUUUGUAACCUUUAUUUAUUUCUAUAACUAUUACUUCCUGUGAUACAAUAUUUAAUUUUUGUCAUUCUAUGGAUUUAUGUAGUUCAUGUGCUUUUUUGUUUCUCAAUGCAUGUAUUAUAUUUUUUUUUUUUUACAGAUUUUAUUUUUUUGCUGCAUUAAUUUUCCAUGAAAUUAUCUUCUAAGUUAAAUAUUUAUUUGAAAACCAAAUAUACUUCCUCCACAAAACUCAAUUUGUCACCAAAAUACUUUACUAUGAACAUGGUUUUAGAACUCCUUUAAGGAGAAAGGAUAGUGCAUAUAUUAUAUGGGCAUAUUGCAAUACACAGGAUAAAACACACAAAAAUAGAAAUAUUUUUUCUUAGUUUUAAUGCUUGCCUUUAAUGCACAGAAGAAAACCCACCUUUGUCUAGAAAGUAUUAUUUCAUGGGGAAUUUUUAUCUGAUAUAUACAUGCACACAAAUAAUAAGUAAUCUAAAAUACUUGUAUUCUUUUACAUAAAAACUGGUUUAACCUUUUGGGUCUUGUACACACUUAUCCAAUAUUCAACAAUAUAAUGACUCGUAUAAUCAUUUUUUAAAAUAUAUAUUUAGCUGGGUUUGAUAAGGUAUAUUAAGAGAUUCUUCCAACACAUAAAAUCAAGAAAUCAAGUGUGAUCUUACAAACUACAUGUACAACCUGAUGGGGAAGAUAUUGUUUGAUUUAGAGUUGUCAUUUUGACAAUCAUACUGAGGAGAUAUGCCUUGCCACAUAGAAGCCUGAGAUGCGGUACUAAUGAUGGUUGUCAUUUGUUCUUUUCUAGUAAUAAUGUUUUCAAAUGUUUGAUUAAAUCUUUGUGCAUCAUUUUGUAUUAUGAAUCUACACAUGUAAUUCUUGCAAGUACUAGUUUGGUUUAAAAAGCUGUUUUACUAUCUGUUAAUUGCAAUUACAAUAAUGGGUUUUUGAACAACAGCAGCACCAUCUUUUUUUCUAUAUACGUGUACAUGCAUUUGAAGUAUCCAUCAUCUGCAUAAGCUUGUUUGUAGAUAAACCUGUGUUGUAAACUGAAGAAGCUUGAUAUAGACAUUAAACAACAUUGACUGGGUAACUUGACCAAAAAUGUUCAAAUCAAUUGUUUUGUUGAAUUACUAUACUUGAUUGUGAUAUAUGAAUGCAAGUUUAGAAAUACACAUCUUGAAAUUGAAAAAAAUUGUAUCUCUUAGGUUCUUGUGUAAAUAAUUAAAUUAAAUGCAUAAACUGA